AUGGACAGCCUUCUCCGAGAAAGAGGACUCAUCAGUCUCCCGAUGCUGAUGCUCUCUUACAGAGAAAUUCCAUUGGCUUUCAUGAUUCUCUCUUUGGAAUACUUGGCUCCUAAGAAGCAGGCGUUCUGGUGCAUCGACGAGUCCGGGAUCAGGCUCCAUAAUGGUUCGGACCAAUGCCAUUACCCAUCGGCCGAAGGUGAGAGCGGCUGCCGCGCUUGGCAUUAUGAUGCUCCACGAACGUUCACUUCAGAGUUCGACGCCGUUUGUGACCGAAAGAAUCUCCGAGUGUGGGCUCAGAGUGCGCUAAUGGCGGGCACGAUGCUGGGCAAUCUUAUAUUUUCUCAUUUUUCCGAUUGGUUCGGCCGAAGAACAGUGAUCUUCUUCUCUAACCUAAUCAUUCUAUGUGGCGGGAUAGCCUGUACUCUUGCAUCAAGUUUCACCGAAUGGAUUGUCCUCCGAGUGAUUGUGGCACUCGAGUUGGGAGGCAACAUGAACGGACCGUACACUUUGGGGAUGGAAUCUACUGGCCUCAGAUACAGAGCCUUAUUGGCGGCGGGAGACUGUUUCGGCUGGAUUAUCGGAAUGAUGACUCUCCCGAUUUUCCCUUAUUUCAUACAGGAUUGGCGACAGCUGCAAAUCGCAAUCAGCCUGACGACGCUUCCCAUGUUGAUCAUGGUUUGGUUUGUGCAUGAAUCACCACGUUGGCUGAUCGCAACUCAUCGCUUCGAAGAGGCCGAAAUGGUGAUUAGGGAGAUAUUGAGCCGGCAGUCCACGCAAAAAUCUGACGAAGAGGCCAAGGAGAUCAUCAGAGAGUGUUUUGAAGAGCACCGGGAAACUUCUAAACAGCCAAAGGCGUCUCUUGUCGAUCUGGUCAAAGCUCCAAUGAGAUGUCUGACGACACUAUCUUUCUGCGUCCAAUACCCUCUCUACAUAUUGGCGUACUACAACCUGCUGGAAAUGAUCCUAAGAGUGGACAAUGGUGGGAUAUUCGCGAAUCUCCUGUGGGCUGGCGUCUUCGAGCUGCCUGUCGCACUCCUCGUCUAUCUCCUUGUGGCGAAAUUCAGGAGAAGAACAUUAUACUUCAUAACGAACCUUCCACCGUUCUUCUGUUGCCUCAUUCUGUUCCUCUAUGCCGAAGCCGGGUUCAUGACCACCCUCACGCUAGCUGCCCUUGCGAAGAUGGGGGCCCAAGUAGGUUUCGCUGUCCUAGGGGUUCACGUCAACGAGAUCUACCCGACACGAGUGAGGGGCAUAGCUCUUGGGACGGGAAUAACGCUAUCUCGCGUCGGGGCUAUAAUUUCACCAUUCGCGAUGAAUCAGGGAUGGAUCAACGAGAACCUGCUUAGUGCUGCGGCGUUUGUCAUAGCACUGUCGCUAGCGAUGCCGCUGAAGGAAACUUAUGGAGAAUCUUUGCCCGAAGAUUUCGAGGACAACCUCGAAGCUGGGAGGGUUCGACGGCGUUCGGGUCCGGUCUGA